AUGGCUAGGAAAAGAAAGGCUAGUGAAGUUGCUUCUGAAGCUGACCAAGAAAUGACUUGGGAUGAAAUAGUGAAGGCAGCUGCGGUGGAAGCCACCGCAUCGGGAGGAGCAAGUAGAAGAAGGAAGGGAUUUUUGGGGGUCAGGCAAAGACCGUCAGGCAGAUGGGUUGCUGAGAUUAAAGAUACCAUACAGAAGGUAAGGGUAUGGUUAGGCACUUACAAUACUGCAGAGGAAGCCGCCAUGGCAUAUGACGAAGCUGCUUGCUUGCUACGUGGUCCCAAUACGAAGACAAACUUCUCCUCAUGUUCUAAUCCAAAUCCAGCUCUUUCUUCAAAGAUAACCAAUCUUGUUCUGCAGAGACUUAAUUCAAACACUUCAUGUGCUCUUUUACCCGUUUCCGAACCCAUCAAUCAGCAAUCAGUGAACAAGUACAAAAAAGAAACAUCAGAUUUCUUUGAAGCCCAGUUUCCCGAUUCUCCCAAUGAUCAUUCUUCCAUCCCCAAUGAUGACACCAAAAGCACUACCGAUAACGAAGAAGGGGAAGAAAUGGAGGCAAUUGAUUUUAAUUUCGUUGAUAACAUGGAAUCAUCGUGCUAUUGCUCACCUUUUCAGAUUGCAGAAGUGAUUGAAACAUUGAUGGAGGAAGAGAGUUUCGGGGAUGAACCUUUGAUGAUUAGUGGCGCGAUGAAGAGAAUGGCAUAUGAACGCAAAUUCUCUGCUUCUCUCUAUGCUUUCAAUGGGAUAGCGGAGCUGUUGAGGCUAAAGUGUGGCCCAAAAAAUGCGAGGAUAUCGGAAGAGUUGGCAGAACUCGGAAAUGCAUGUAAGAAGAAGAAAGGUAAUGAAGAUGAUGCAGAAAUGGUGGGGGGAAAGCCGGAAGAAAGCCCACAAUCUUCAUUUGAUUUGAGUGAUAGUGAAUCUCUUUGGAGCUCCCUUGAUCUUCCACCCAUCUCCACUGUUAACCCAUAUUCAAGCUUCGUCCCGUAA